AUGGCUCAGAAAAGGUCUCGUUCCCUCUGCAGCGAUACAAAUGAUACCUCGAGUAUGAUACCGGAUUCGGAGCGCGGCGAUUCCAGUGAAAGCUACACUGAUGAAGAAGAGGACCCUGUAGAGUGGUCCCCUGGCGAUGGGGUCUGUCCACCAUCGUCGGAGUUCCUGGCCCAUUAUAGAGCCAGCAAUGAUAUCUGGAGCCGUGCAGCAUCAACCCAGCCGAAUGAUUCUGGAUCCAUUGUUGGCAUCCUUGAAGCCUUCCUGCGAAUGCUACGAAACGUUCCACCCUUUUUUGAUCAUCCGCCGAAAGACGUUCACGUUACAGGCGGAUCUAAAACUCCAUUAAUUCUACGGUCAUCGUUCCGCCUGGGAACAACGGAUAACAUGGACUGCGACCAGCACUGGAAGUCUUCGGACUAUUUGCAGUGUCUUGGAUUCUUAUCACCCGUGACGUACAAUAUGACUACAGAACUUCAGCAACCCAUAUCUCUUCUAUCCUCACCCCUUCGCCGCGGGCACCUCACCAGUAUUACAAUGGCAUGGUCGUACAUAAUCUCAUGUCGUUGGGUCGAGAUCUUACAAGGGGCCGGCUGGAAGUGUUCGAUCUCUCAUGACCGAGAUGUUCAGUUGGCCGACGAUUUCUGGGAUAUAGUGACGCGAAGCCGUUGGCUAGCUCGCUCGGAGACCAGGAAGGGUAUACACUACUCUCCAUGGAUGCUGAAAGAUAGAAAGAUGAAGCCAGAGAAGCAGUUCAGUAGCGACGACUGGGUAGAAGCUCUUCCUAACUCAUCUCUCGCAUUUGAUAUACUCCUGAAAUUCUGCACUAGAGAAGGUCUUGAGGCGGAGCUUCUGGUUGGUCUCGCCUCAGUUCUGAUGCUCACAUCACGAAAUACACCCCCGCCAAAACUGAGCCCGCCGACAAUUAUCCCUCAAUCAUCCACGCCCCAAGCUCCCGUGCAGUCGACCAAACAAGAUGGCAUCCUCUAUAAAAUCUUUGAUUCGCUGGACAGAGCUAUUUUUCUCAGCUCCACGCAGGAUGCUUUUGACUCCUUGAUCUGUAGCGCCUUCUUUGAUCCUUCUGUCCCAUGUAAUCUUCUUGGGGCUUCGUCCCUAGGUAUCAAACGAGUGUUGUUCCCCUCGGGUGAGCUGGACAACCAGAGAUUGCUACAUGUCAUUGUUAAGCAGACGCCACACCUGAGUCCUUUCUGGGCUGCUGCCAUCUGCACAAAUCAGGCAGCAUCGCUACUGCGCUUGUCCCUCAAUCGGUUGCCACCUCUUUGUCUGGCAGCCGCAUUCUGGACCGACACUAUCCAAUCAUUCCUCCAGGUGGCAUACCAGUCUGACAGCCCAGCAAAUUUGGAGUCGUUGAUCUCUCGUGCUACUGAGUUUCAAACAUCUUACUUUUGCCGGCCUAUGGCAUCCGUACCAUGGUCACCUUCUCCUCCAUUCGGUUCGACGACCCUGACCAACAUUAGUCUAGAAGUCAAAGAGCACCUAGAGCAUGGGCACAGGCCUAGAUCAUGGCAGAUAUACUGGGUUACUAAAUCAGGGUCGGAGAUUCCUGCGACUGCACGAUAUCAAAUCAACCCUCCGAAAGUUGAGAUAGUCCCAUGCGCUGACGGCAAGGAGCCUUGCGAGGAGUUGCAAUGUCCUGGAAGGGAGGCCGCUGACGAACAGUCGUGGAGCGCAACAUCCCGCUUAUUUAACUGGCAUCGAGAUUACGAUGACGGCAUUUGGCUCGAUGAUGGAACCAAAAGCAUUGAAGCUAUUCGUCGCAUGCAAGUGCAUCCGUGGAUUGCGAAUCCGUUCGAGGAUAAUGGUCAGGAUGAUCCGGUCGAAGACGAAGAUAAUGGUCAACAGGUUCCUACAGAGUCUAUCCUGGACUGGUAUGCGGAGGUCGAGAGGUGUCAAGAGUUGGAAAAUCCCGCUCUUCCAUGA